ACCCAUUUCUACCUGCCACCCGUCACGCCCUUUCCCUCCUGUCUGCCUCUCUCUCCGGCCUCUGCCACCGUUCCAGCGUUUCCCCCCCUCGCCUCGUCUAGGGUUUUCCGGUGGGAUCUGUGAGGGAAUACGAACGAAAUAUCCAUUUCCUCUGGAGAAGAUCUCAUCGGAAAGCCCGGAGUCGCACGCUCUGACGAUAGCUGCUUGCCGAAGCGGAUCGGUCUGUACCCGAUUUCUUGGAAAGUAUACCUUUUCGCUGAAUCUGCAGUUUCGCGCGCGUUCGUGCGGGAGGGAACCUGGUCGCUCCACUGCGGCUCUCCACUGUUUUUAUACAAGUUCCUGCCAGGACUCGUCCGUGUGUCAGGCUUCCGGCGGCUUUUCAGGUGAGGAUCUCUCGCCUGCGGGAGCUCUCUUUUAUCCGGAGACAGUGAGUUUGGUUGGAUACUGAGAGUUUUUCUGGUGGCGUUUAGCUUGUUUACUGUCGGCCUUUUUGGGCGAAAGUCGGGCAACACCAUGCAGUCCGAGGCUGUUAAGAGUUUCCUGGAGAUUAUUCCCAUCGACAUGAUGUCUGCUAUCUUCUCCGGGAAGGCCGAUCUGCCGGAUUCCACCGGUCGGAGCUUCGGCGAGGACCCGAAGAUUCUCGCAAUCCUCACGACUUCGAUGGCUGUGCUCCUUGGAUGUGUUUUCCUGUUAGUUUGGAGAAAGUCAUUAGGGAGAAGCGCCGGGAAGACUGUCGCGGCAGCGCCGGUGGUGAAAAAGGUGGCCGUGAAGGAGGAGUUGGAGACCGAUCUGGGGAAGAAAAAGGUCACGGUCUUCUUUGGGACGCAGACUGGUACAGCAGAGGGGUUCGCGAAGGCACUAGUGGAAGAGGCGAAGUCACGGUAUGAGAAAGCAGUUUUUAAAAUUGUUGAUCUGGAUGAGUAUGCAGCAGAAGAUGAUGAGUACGAAGAGAAAAUGAAGAAGGAAAGUUUGGCUUUUUUUAUGGUAGCUACGUAUGGUGAUGGAGAGCCAACAGAUAAUGCUGCAAGGUUUUAUAAAUGGUUUACGGAGGGAAAAGAAAGAGGAACUUGGCUUGAGAACCUUCAAUAUGGUGUCUUCGGUUUGGGCAAUAGACAGUAUGAGCACUUCAAUAAGGUAGCUAAGGUGAUUGACGAGGCUCUCACGGAGCAGGGUGCAAAACGUCUUGUACCAGUGGGUCUGGGAGAUGAUGAUCAGUGUAUUGAGGAUGACUUUUCUGCAUGGAAGGAGCUUGUCUGGCCUGAGUUGGAUCAGUUACUCUGUGAUGAAUAUGACACUCCUGCAGUCUCCACUCCUUAUACUGCUGCCAUCCCAGAAUAUCGUGUCGUGUUUCUUGAUCCUGCCUCUUCUCUACAGGUAGAGAAGAGCUUGAGUUUUGCGAAUGGACACGCUAUCCAUGACAUUCAGCAUCCUUGCAGAGUUAAUGUGGCAGUGCGAAGAGAGCUUCAUCAACCAGCUUCAGACCGUUCCUGCACUCAUCUUGAGUUUGACAUCUCAGGCACUGGUCUCACAUAUGAAACUGGAGACCAUGUUGGUGUGUAUGCUGAAAAUUGCAUUGAGACUGUUGAAGGGGCAGAGAGGUUACUGGGAUAUGCUUCAAAUACUUUAUUCUCUAUUCAUGCUGACAAAGAGGAUGGUACACCUCUUAGUGGAAGCUCAUUGCCACCACCUUUCCCAUGUCCCUGCACUUUGAGAACUGCACUAACUCGCUAUGCUGAUCUUCUUAACCCACCCAAGAAGGCGGCUUUGGUUGCUCUGGCUGCUCAUGCAUCUGAUGCAAAUGAAGCCGAACGUCUAAAGUUUCUGGCAUCUCCAGCUGGAAAGGACGAUUAUUCACAAUGGGUCAUCGCCAAUCAGAGAAGCAUCUUGGAAGUGAUGGCAGAAUUUCCUUCGGCCAAACCUCCCCUGGGUGUUUUCUUUGCAGCAAUUGCACCUAGAUUGCAACCUAGAUACUACUCGAUCUCGUCUUCACCAAGGAUGGCACCAUCAAGGAUCCAUGUUACCUGUGCAUUAGUGGAUGGACCCACACCAACAGGAAGGAUCCACAGAGGUGUUUGUUCAACUUGGAUGAAGCAUUCAAUUCCGAUGGAGGAAACCCAUGACUGUAGCUGGGCUCCCAUUUUUGUGAGGCAGUCAAAUUUCAGGCUGCCAUCAGAUCCUUCCACUCCCAUUGUUAUGGUGGGCCCUGGCACUGGGCUGGCACCCUUCAGGGGGUUCUUGCAGGAACGGCUUGCGCUGAAAGAAGCUGGUGCACAACUGGGUACAGCCUUGCUCUUCUUUGGAUGCCGAAACCGAAGCAUAGACUUCAUCUAUGAGGACGAGUUGCAUAAUUUCGUGAAAUCUGGCGCUGUGUCUGAACUUGUUGUUGCUUUCUCGCGUGAAGGACCUACCAAGGAAUACGUCCAGCACAAGAUGAUGGAGAAGGCGGCAGAUGUCUGGCAGAUAAUAUCACAAGGUGGACAUGUGUUCGUCUGUGGUGAUGCCAAAGGCAUGGCCAGGGAUGUUCAUCGAGCACUGCACACCAUCGCCCAGGAACAGGGUUCAAUGGACAGUUCCAAGGCUGAGGGCUUGGUGAAGAACCUGCAAACCGAAGGAAGGUACCUGCGUGACGUGUGGUGAUUUCCCCGCCUGCAGGCCCGAGGGCGUCCCAACGAACUGCCAAGUUUCCGAUGAAAUCAGAGGAUGCGCUGUUUAUUUACCCAUACCUUAGAAUUUCGGAGAGAGGGUCGCCACACUGUGACCGCAAAAGUGAACUUCCGGCAGACAGGGUUUAUAGUUUGAUAAUGGAGUUUGGAAAUAUCAAUUCUUUUGUCCAUUAGUUUUGGUUUUGAGUUUGUAUAAUUUAUCUGUUUAUUAGUAGGAAACGAAGGGUUUAAUAAUUGACUCAUAUUGUGAUGUCAGUUACAAGAAGCAGUAACUGAGACUCGGGUUGUAAACAUAUAUCGAUUCGCUAAUAGUGAUAUUAUAUCUUGUCGAA